AUCCUUUAUAGUAUACAUAGUGACAGGUGCAUGGUCUUUAGUGCGAUAGAUAAGGAAUAAUCAUACAGACGGUUCACAGGUUUCUAGUUCACAUCAUGGAAUUAAAACCAUUUAUAAUAUUUUCAUUGACUGUUUGUCUUUUAGGAAUUCUGAAAGAAUGUGAGUCAGUGAAUCCUUGCCCGUACGGAAGCCCAAAGGCAGGCGCUUACUGUGGUCUGGGUGGACAACCGUGUCCACAGUAUUAUUCUUGUAAAAUAGCUCCGAAUGACGCCUACGCUGUUUGCUGCCCAAAUUACUGCAAAUCCGGAGAGCCCGAGUUGGACAGUAAUAGAAACCCGAUUCACUGCGGGAGAGGAGGAAUGCGGUGCUCUCCUUCAUACUCGUGUCACGUGGCACCAACUGAUGCAUGGGCUGUGUGCUGUCCAAAUGUUAAAUGAGCUAUAUAAAUGAUUGUGAAAACAAAACAAAAAGAAAAAAAAACUUUAUAAAUA